GAAUUCAAUUAUACUCGCGUUUUUGUGGUGAAAACAUGUAGAAAUCUUUGUGCUGGAUUUUGAAUAUAACAAUAAACAUAUUUUGCGGCCUUGUUAAUUAAUAAAUAUAAUUUAAUAAUUAAUAAGUGAAAUAUUGACAAAGUGUGUGUGAAAAAUAUGAAUAUGACAAUUUAUAUCGGUCUAUAAAAGAGCUGUUUUCGAAAUAUAUGUACAUAUAUAUUCGGUCGUCGCAUAUUAAGAACGAGUAGCGAUUUGCAUACUUUUCUUUAUUGAUGCACCAAAUGUAUUGGUCCGAGUGAAAUAGCAGAUACAUUUGCUGAAGGACGUUUCGCAUUUUUUAUUUAUUCGGUGUUUUCAAGCGCUGGCGCUCGAAUGUUUCGGUACGACAGUAGAUGUUUCAGUGGUUUUAGCAGAUACUUUUGUCAAAACAUUUACAAGAUACAAUUUGCGCACAUUUAAUUUGCAUAACUAUUGUUUUGUUGACAAAUUGAACAAUUCAGAAGCAUUUGUGUUGAUUUGAAAUAGCUAACGUGUAAAAAGCUAUUGUGAUAAUACAUAUUGAAAGUAUACGCAAAAUCUACUAUAUAUUAUACACCUCGAUAUUACACAUUUUUGCCGCGCUUUUUUCGCAAGUGGUAUUUCAAUUUAUGAAAAAUACGGUGCGGGAGCAUUAAAAUCUGUUAAACUGGAUAACAAUAUGGGAAGUUCCGACGACCGCGUUUACGCGGCGGAGCGGAUAAUACAAAAACGCGUUAGAAAGGGUGUUUUGGAGUACCGAGUAAAAUGGAAAGGUUGGAAUCAACGAUAUAAUACCUGGGAGCCUGAGGUUAAUAUACUUGAUCGGCGAUUAAUUGAGAUAUACGAACAGAGUAACCGUUCGUCUAAUACACCAUCAAAGCGUGGAGGAAAGCGUAAGGAGAAAGCACUUGAUCCUGAGCCGGAAUCUGAGGAGGAUGAGUAUACAUUCACAGGCGAUGAUGUGGAUAUAAAUCAAGCUUCUACUUCAGCAGCUUCUUUAUCCAAUAACAGUCAUCAUCACCACCACCAUCAUCAUGACAAGGAAAAGGAGAAAGAUAAGAAACAUCACCAUCAUCAUCGCUCACAUUCGCCAUAUACAGAUGGGCAGCGUGAUGCUACUAACAGCAGCGGUAAUAAGCGACAUACCUAUACCUCAACGUCGGCAUCAGUGUCGGCUGCUGUUGUUGCAGCCGCUGCAGCUGCCAAUUCCGCAUUAAAUUUCAUGCCCGAGGCUGAUUCCAAUUCAUCUAGUUCUGAAGACCAACCGCUAAGUCGUAAGGAGGUCACUUCUAUGGGCACCAAACGUAAAGCUGAAGUUCUAAAGGAAUCUGGUAAAAUCGGUGUCACUAUAAAAACCUCACCCGACGGACCACCACCUCCUAAACAACAUUGUGCUUCUGCUGUCACUGUCGACACAGCCACAUCAAUAUCAACGCCGCUGAAGUCUGAAACUGAACCGCUAUCACCAGAGACGCCAGCAUCACGACCCGAACAAGCAACACCCGCAGAAAAGAACGCAGCAUUGCAUCAACAUUAUAAUGCCACAGCGGCUGCAAAUGCAGACGAUGAUGAUUCAUCAUCACAAGCAGAUAGUCAAACGGAUAAUAAUCAUGCGCCACCCACACAUAACAAGGGCACAGGCGAUGAUGGUGCUGGCUCACCCAAACGUAACGGACACGUUACAGAGCAACAUCAGCAACGACAAAGUGCUUUGGCGCCACAUUCACCGAAGGCAUUGCCACCAAGUUUUUGGUUGCCCAGUAAAUGUAAUAUCUCGGAUAAAGUGGUGAUCACUGAUGUUACGGUAAAUUUAGAGACUGUCACCAUAAGAGAAUGCAAAACGGAGCGUGGUUUCUUUAGAGAACGUGAACUAAAAUCGAGUGGCAUGAAAACAGAAUCUGAUUCUGCUGCAUAAAAAGGGGCGACGCACAAAAUGAAAAAAAGGGAUAUGAAAAAGUUAAACAAGGAAUACAAAUUGUAAAUAUGUUGAAUUAUAUUAUUUUGUGAGUGAGCGAGAGUUUGUGUACUGCGGUGAGGUGUAACGAGCAACAGUUAUUUCAAAAUAUUUAUAUUAAUUAAGAGAAGUACUUCUUCAUAGUACGUACAUAUGUAUUAUUUAUAGUUGUAUGUAUUAGUUACAUAACAAAGCAGUUAAUAUUAGAUGAUUAGUAUUAAACGCUCAUUAUUUUUAUUUUUUUUUUAAUGUUAUUGUAAAUAAUGUAGUUUUAGUAGAUAUAUAUAUAUAUAUUAUAUAUUAUUGUAAUCCAAUCUGGUUGAGCAGAGCCAGUAACAAUUGAAAAAUGAAAGAGAUAUUGCAGUGCAGUUACUUAAAUGUUGAGGCAUAUAGUGAAGUGAAGUGUUCAAAAAUGGUAAAUAUUUGCGCGAAGUUAAUAUAACAGUAACGAAGCAACGCUUCAUAUUUAUUUUACUUUUGAUGGCGUUUGAGAGGCAUAUGGAUUACUAUAGCUUAUAGAUUUUUAUUAUCAGUUAGUGUUAGUUAAGGCUACAACAGACACAUUCCUCAGUUGUUAUAGAGUUGUAUGUAUGUACUUUUGUUGAACAUUUUGCAGAAUUUGAUAUUCUGUAUUUUUUUCAUAGCAAAUGCUUAUAGUAGCAAUAGAACAUCAAUUAAAAGUUCGAUUGAUUUGAGUUAAAAGAGUCAAUCAAUGUCUUACAAACAGUAGAAAAAACUUAAACAAAUGUAUUAUUGUAUCGAGUAUCGUAAAACGCAUAAUGUAUAUAUGUAUGUUAUCAUAUAGAUACCAACAAUGUAAAAACUUAAAGCGUAAAGCAAAUCACAAAGUAUAUUUAUUUAUAAAUAAAACAUUUAUUUUGCUCGAAAAACAUUUACAUACAUAGUCAUGUAUGUGUGUAUGUAUGCAUUAAAAUACAAUAGGUUUGCAUUUUGCCGGCUAAACUUGCAUAUAUUGACUAUAUUUGCAUUAUGCUUAAGCGGGUUCACGCCUUCAACAGCUACGAACAUGCUUAUAUAUGCAACUGCAUAUAUAUUUUUUUGUUAAAUUUUAGUGCCAGCGCAGUUUGAGAUUAGUUGCAAAGAUUUCAAAGAUUGCUUUAAACAAAAUCAAAAUCUUAUUUAAAACACCAAUGCAUUGACAAUUUAGCGUGCAUCUUGAGUGCGAAUGCAUUAAAUGUGUUAUUUUGCAUAUUGAAUACAAAUUACAUUUUAUUUCUCGCUGUUGUUGUAAAUAUAUUUGCAUAUUACCCAAGAACUUUGUAUAAUACAGCGAUCACAACAAAUACUUCUCGUUAGUUCUUUUCGUACAGCGUACAAAUUUAUACAACAACAACACAAAUUAAAAGGUAUAACGGAAAACCAAAAAAAAAAAAAAAUAAAUGCUUAAAAUAACAAAAAAAAGCAAGUAACUGCAUUGAAAUUCAAAUCAAAUUUGAUAUCCUUAAGCAAUAUUCACACUAGAAAAGUUUCAAUUGCCUUGUCUUUACCCGACUUGUAUGCCUAUUAAUCAAUGACUAUACGA